AAUGCAAUGCAAUUGCAAACUAUACUUAUUCCAGUUCCACCGCCAGUGAGCUAACAAACUCAGAAUCAGAGAUGAGUUCCCAAGUAGUGGGGCUCCCAAAUCGGAGCGAGUCGAGUCACCAAAAGCUGUACGAGUUCGCAAAAAUGGCGCUGAUGAAGAUAUUCGCGCACCCAUAUGCGACUGUGUGUGACUUGUAUUGCUGUGGAGGAGGAGGACUUGGCUUCGACAACGAUGCCCAAAUUGGUCACUACAUCGGAAUCGAUGUAUCUUCGACUGGAAUAGCCCAAUUAAGAGAAGCCUGGGAGAGCCUGAGUCAGAAGAAGCCUUACCCUUCUGACUUCUUUCACUUUGACCCUUGCUUGGAAAAUAUGGAGACACAUUUAAAGGAGAAGACCAAUCAGGCUGAUAUAGUAUGUUGCUUGCAGCAUUUACAGUUGUGCUUUGAAACCGAGGAGAGAGCAAGGAAACUUCUACAAAAUGUGUCAUGUUUGCUGAAACCGGGGGGUUAUUUUUUUGGUAUUACUCCUGACUCAUCUACAAUAUGGGCAAAGUACCAAAAGAAUGUUGAAGCAUACCACAACAAAGGCAGCAGCAUGAAGCCAAACAUUGUUCCCAAUUGCAUUCGAUCAGAAAGCUACAUGAUCACGUUUGAAGUUGAGGAAGAAAAGUUCCCAUUAUUUGGAAAGAAAUAUCAGCUGAAAUUUGCUAGUGAUCCAUCUGCUGAAACCCAUUGCCUGGUUCAUUUCCCAAGUUUCAUCAGGUUGGCAAGGGAAGCUGGUCUUGAGUAUGUUGAGAUUCAAAACUUAACUGAAUUUUAUGAUGAUAACAGAGCCCAAUUUGCAGGCAUGAUAACGAAUUUUGUUCCAAACCUUGUUGAUCCCAGAGGGAGACUUCUUCCUCGAUCUUAUGAUGUGUUAGGUCUUUACACCACAUUUAUAUUUCAAAAACCAGACCCAGAUAUUGCUCCCCCAAUAAUGACCCCUAUAUUGCAGGACACAAGUUACACUCAUGAUGAGAGAGAUUGGCCAGCGCCUGGCUGGAGGGAUGAUGAAAAAGAUGGACAUACAGAGCCACCUCUUGUACUCCCCAAGAUUAACGACCAGAAAGGGAUUCUGGGUCCAGGCCCUGCGGAUUUGCGUUUUCCUGAGGCACUAUGACCGGGUUGGAAACAAGCAAGAGGAAUGUGGAUGGCAAAGGGAAGAACCCAGAUACAGUGUUGCAAUUGCAAACUAAUUUUGUGCAUGUAGUUGUAAUGAAUGUGGAUAUUGGAGUGGUCCAUUUCAUUUCGUAGGCUUCAUUUAGUUUUUUUUUUUUUGGGGGGGUUUUCUUGAACAUUUUAAGCUUGUAGAUAUCAGGUGGAACUGUAAAACUUCGCCGUUUCCCAUGCCCA